AUGACUCUAGCUUGUACAUUUAUAUAUGAUACAAUUUGUUUUAUUUGUUCAGCAUGUGAUGAUACGAAAAUCACAUGUAAUUUUGAAGUGAGUGAAUGUGGAUGGGAAUUAGGUUCAAUAUGGCAAAUUUUUCCGUCAGGCAGUACACCUGAGACAGCAAGUUCUGGUCCAACUGCUGAUCAUACUACUGGAAAUGGACAAUAUGCUCGUUUAAUGGCUAGUCUUCUGUCUGCAUCUGAUCCAAUUGGUAUUAUGAGUACGAAUACUUGUCUUGAACAAUCUGCUUCAUUUUCAUUUUGGUAUUUCAUGCAUGGAAGUCAAAUUGGAACAUUAGCAUUAAUUGUUAAUGAUCAAACAUUAUGGGAAAAGAGUGGCCGACAAGGACUACCAGCAUGGCAUCAAGCUGAUAUUGCUUUACCUGUUGGUGUUUAUCUUAAUAUCACAUUUGCCGCUAAUCGAACAGGCACUGGUCGAUCAUCUGAUAUUGCAAUUGAUGAUAUUGUUUUGGAAGGAGAAUCAAGUAAGAAUUGA